AUUAAUUAAUUGUCAGUAGUUUACUGUCACUGUCUUUUGUAGAAUAAUUUGGUCAAAUACAUUACAUUCUUGAAUACCGCUACAUUCGAUCAAGGUCGUGACAAUUUGUUAACGUAAAACCUUCGAUGAAUGGCUCUUCGCCUUGUCGGUCACAACUGAACUGUCCAAUCAGCUGUCUUCAAACUGAGACCGUGAUGAAUUCAAUAUGGACGUAAAAUGUACCAGUUAGCCAGCUAGCUAGCUUUUUGCCGAAAUUUAGUUAAUUCCCAAGCUUCUGUUUUAUUUCGAUGUUGUGACGGAAACAGUUGUCUCUGCUUCUCACAACUGCUUAGUUUCUUUUCAACCGCAGUGUAUUUGCGUUUAAAAAAAAAAUUAAAACAGGGGGAGAUCACUUGGAGAAAAGGUAAUAAUAUGCUAACGAUAACUAGCUAGAUUUCUAGCCCAGCUCCUGCUUGUCCUGGGCGUGUUUUCAGAUGUUCUGCGUAGACAACAAUGCUACACAAGCAAGUGUGAAGAGGCUGGUUUGAUGUGCACGACACUGAGAGAGGAGGCACCAUGAGUGGGGAGCUGGAUGCGCUGACUGUGGUGAACCAGCUACGAGAUCUUGCAGCUGACCCCCUCAACAGACGAGCCAUAGUACAGGACAACGGCUGCUUACCGGGCCUCAUCCUCUUUCUGGACCACCCCAACCCUCAGGUCGUCUACUCCGCAUUAUUAGCAGUGCGCUACCUUGCAGAAUGUCGGUCCAACAGAGAGAAGAUGAAGGGAGAGCUGGGCAUGAUGCUGAGUCUGCAGAAUGUCAUGCAGAAGAGCACCUCCCCAGGGGAGACCAAGCUGCUGGCAUCUGAGAUUUAUGAGAUUCUGCAGGCGGCUGGUAAUGACCAGGCAGAGCAGGCCGAGGCUGAAGCCGCCUCCUGCAGACGCAAGGCCCACUUCUUCCUGGGCUCCACCAACAAGAGGGCCAAGACCGUGGUGCUGCACAUCGACGGCCUGGACGACUCAACUCGUAGAAGUCUGUGUGAGGAGGCCCUGCUGAAGAUCCCAGGRGUGAUCAGCUUCACCUUCCAGAUGGCUGUGAAGAGGUGUGUGGUCAGGAUCCGCUCUGACCUCAAGGCUGAGGCGCUGGGCACGGCGAUCAACUCCACCAAGGUGAUGAAGGCUGCACAGGUGGUGAAGGGAGAGGAUGGAGGAGAGCUGAUGCUUCCAUUCCAGGAGGGUGCGGAGGUGGUGGUGGUGGAACACAAUGUGGACGUCCCAGACUACCUCCCUGAGGAGGAAAGCCCGUCUCAGGAGCAGGACAAGGCCGUGACCCGUGUGGGUUCCAUCACAGAUGGCGUGGGCUGGCUCAGCACCGCCGCCAACUUCCUGUCCCGCUCCUUCUACUGGUGACCACUUCCUGUGUCAGUACCCAUCGUCAAAACCCGAAACUACCAACUGAUGGUCGGUCGCCUUAGCCCACCAGCCCUGCCUAGCCCCUUCCCCGGUUAUCCAGCCCUUCUACUCUCUAGUCCCUCUCAGCAGCCACACAGAGUACCACUCUGCUCAGUGUCUAUAUGGAGCACUGGACUGCCAUGCGCACCCUGAAUAGGGUUGCAAAAUUCCAGGAACUUUCAAUAAAUUCCCUGGUUUUCCAGAUAUCCCGGUUGGAGGAUUCCUGGAAU